AUGUCUCUUGUGACAAAACGUCCCUCGGCAGCCAACACCACUUCCUUACAGCCAGCAAAAAAACUUAAGAAACAUCACCCUGGCCAUAAAGUAAGUUCUGUGACAGAUACCCAAAAGUUAAAGGCCCUUGACGACCCUCUUAAUGGCUUGAUGCUGAGUCUACAAGUCGACACAGAUAUACUCAAACCAAACGAAGUUGCCACAGAGUCAUUACUGCCAGCACUGUCCACCCUCCUCACACCCCAGGACAACAUAUCCGAACAACUCGAAUACAGCCUCCCUGCUCCAAGUCAAGCUGUUCUUCAAGAUACUCUUCAGCCUACCCAUAUUCCUGAACAUGAUUUCAAGUGCCCUGUUGAUGUCUCUGCAACUGUUCUAGCUGCUGUGACUGUCCGCUCGACCGAAGAAGCUCCUGGCACUGCUGAAUCCACGAGUGUCAUGCAUCCGAACAAAGCCAGCAAAACUGCUAGAAACCUAUGCGCUCUCGACUGGUGUGCGGAGAUGAAACAAAAGAAGCUCAAACUGCUCACAAAGAAAUUCGAGGCUUAUUGGAAUAAGCUCAAGGAGUGUCCAGAUCAAUUGAAGAUAUGGAACGAGAAAUCUGCUGCGUUGAUGAGUGGAAAGGGCUACUCUAUCUCUCACGAUUUCCUUCAUUCUGCUUUGAAGGAGUUUUCACUGGGCCUGAACCAUGGUUUGAACCGGACUUUUGGUCCAGUUCCCCUGUGGUUCAGUCCACAGUCCAGGUGUCAGCCAGAACUGGACCAUAUACAGUUCUUGGUUCUGGCAUUGGGUGAACAGUUUGACUUUGGUUUGGAUGGGUCCCCAACCAUUUUGAACCCUGAACUGGCCAUCAAGAAAUCAUAA